CCCUUUGCAAACCCUAGCUACCAGUUUCUUCACAUAAACAAAUUACAAUGUCUUACACUUUACCCCCCUCAACUUCUCUAAAUAACAACUCUUCCAUUAAUCCCAACUUUCCAUCUUCAUCUUCAUCUUCAUCCCAUUCCCUCCUAAAAACCCUCACUUUCCCAUUCUCCAUCCCGUCAAAACUAACCCUAACUCUAACUGCACCAAAAUUUUCAGCUACUGCAAACUACAAUGACGUGGCAGGGUUGGAUGAAGAGAUGGGUCGGAUCAAGAGGCUUCAAAACGGGUCGGAUGUUCGUGGUGUGGCUGUGGAAGGAGAAGCAGGUCGGAAGGUGGACCUUACGCCACCUGCGGUGGAAGCCAUUGCCGAGAGUUUUGGAGAGUGGGUGAUAAGUGGAUUGGUGAAAGAGAAAGGAAGACCAGUGGAGGAUAUUCGGGUUUCAUUGGGGCGAGAUCCGAGAAUAUCGGGUGGGUCAUUGAGUGUGGCGAUAUUUUCGGGUCUGGGUCGGGCGGGUUGCAUGACGUUUGAUAUGGGACUUGCCACUACACCGGCUUGUUUCAUGAGCACAGUGUUGCCACCAUUUUUAUACGAUGCUUCCAUAAUGAUGACGGCGUCUCACUUGCCAUACACACGAAAUGGUUUGAAAUUCUUUACGAAGAAAGGAGGGCUAACGUCAUUGGAAGUCGAGGAAAUAUGCGAUAAAGCUGCCUAUAAAUACGCUAAUCGUCUCACAAAAGUGUCUACGUUACUCCGAAUGACCCCCACACGAGUUGAUUUCAUGAGCAUAUACGCAAAACAUCUUCGAGAUAUAAUCAAGGAGCGAGUGAACCAUCCACAACAUUACGACACUCCUCUUGAAGGGUUUGAGAUAAUAGUUAAUGCCGGAAAUGGAUCGGGAGGAUUCUUCACAUACGAGGUAUUAGAUAAGUUAGGUGCAGACACAUUUGGCUCGCUAAAUCUCAAACCAGAUGGUAUGUUUCCAAACCAUAUCCCUAACCCUGAGGAUAAGGUUGCCAUGGCCGUGACACGAACCGCCGUGCUCGAAAACUCAGCCGAUCUCGGCAUCGUUUUUGAUACCGAUGUCGACCGUAGUGGUGUGGUUGAUAAUGAGGGCAACCCCAUCAAUGGUGAUAGAUUGAUUGCACUUAUGGCUGCCAUUGUCUUAAAGGAGCAUCCAGAUUCGACCAUUGUAACCGAUGCUCGAACUAGUAUGGCUCUAACUCGUUUUAUCACUGAUCGUGGUGGUCAUCAUUGCCUAUAUCGUGUUGGUUACCGAAAUGUUAUCGAUAAGGGUAUUCAGCUUAACGAAGAUGGUGUUGAUGCUCAUCUUAUGAUGGAAACCUCUGGUCAUGGCGCUCUUAAAGAAAAUUAUUUUCUUGAUGAUGGUGCGUAUAUGGUGAUAAAGAUCAUAAUAGAAAUGGUAAGAAUGAAACUACGGGGUUCAAAUGAAGGAAUCGGAAGUUUGAUAAAAGAUCUUGAAGAGCCAUUAGAAUCGAUAGAACUAAGAAUGAACAUCCUUUCCGAGCUUCAACAUGCCAAGGCUCGAGCCAUUGAGAUCAUUGAGACAUUCAAGACAUACAUACAGGAAAGCAGGCUUGAAGGAUGGGAGCUAGACGCAUGUGGAGAUUGUUGGGUAAGCGAUGGUUGCCUUGUUGAUUCUAAUGACACUCCUACUCCUGUGGAUGCUCAAAUGUAUAGGGCUAAGAUCUCGAAUGAAGAAAACGGACAGUAUGGAUGGUUACACAUUAGACAAAGUAUUCAUAAUCCAAAUAUAGCAAUCAAUAUGCAAUCAACGAUGAUCAAUGGUUGUUUAUUCAUGGCUCGAGUUUUCUUUGAUAAGUUCCUUAUUGCAAGUGAAAUGGAUAGAUUUCUAGAUAUCUCUCAAAUCGAGAAGUACAUCAAAAGUGGCAACAUCGACUAGUUGGUUCUAUUUCUAGAAACUACGCUCGAGAUCAUGAGAUAGAUAUGGUGUUGAUACUGCUUAUGUUCUACCAUAAGAGGGUAAACAUCAAAUUUCAGAGCAAUAAUGUUUUGAUGACUUGUACAUCAUGCAAUAAAAAAUUGUAUAGUACCCAGAUAUGAUGCUCAUACAACAAAUACAAAAUUUCUAUCAUUUUAAGAACCAAGCGUAAGGCCAAGUGUUUGAAGGAGC